AAUAUAAUUUAAAAUAUCAGUUCUAUCCAAAAUAAAAAAAAAAUUAAGAAAAAAGAAAAGAAAAUAUCUGAUGGAAAUGGAGCCUAAUGAUACCCACCACCAUCACCACUUCACCUCUUCUUACUUCACCAACACCACCACUGCCACAGCUCCUCCGGCCACCACUGCACCUUCUAAUACCAAUGGCCUUCUUCCACCGGCGCAGCCUCAUGAUACUGGCGGUGGAGGGGCCCACAUGGUUUAUCCACACUCAGUGGGGCCAUCUACGGCGGCAGUGAGUAGUGCACCGGUUGAGUCACCGAGGAGGAAGCGUGGUCGUCCGAGGAAGUAUGGGACGCCGGAGCAAGCUUUGGCGGCGAAGAAAACGGCGUCGUCUACAUCGAAUUCUGCUGCUAGAGAAAAAAGAGAAGCUGCUGCUGCUGCUGGCGGUGGAGGUGGUUCUUCCCCUUCGUAUUCAAGUUCUUCAAAAAAGUCUCAACAGUCGGUUGCUUUUGGCAAUGCAGGGCAAGGUUUUACUCCUCAUAUUAUAUCUGCAUCUGCUGGCGAGGACGUAAGUCAGAAAGUUAUGAUGUUCAUGCAACAAAGUAGGCGUGAAAUUUGUAUUUUGUCUGCAUCUGGUUCGAUUUCAAAUGCAUCUAUUCGCCAGCCAGCAACUUCAGGAGGCAGCAUUACAUAUGAGGGCCGGUUUGAGAUCAUUUCACUCUCGGGAUCAUAUGUGCGCACUGAUACUGGAGGCAGAUCAGGAGGACUUAGUGUAUGUCUUUCUAGUACUGAUGGUCAGAUUGUUGGAGGGGGAAUUGGUGGACCUCUAAUAGCUGGUGGCCCUGUUCAGGUCAUUGUUGGUACAUUCAUGAUCGACAACAAGAAGGAUGUUGUAUCUGGAGUACAAGUUGAUGCUUCCACCAACAAGUUGCCUUCACCAGUUGGGGGAGCCACAGUGUCGAACAUGGGCUUUGGUAAUCCUGUUGACCUAUCCGGGAGGAAUCCAUACAGGGGAAAUGAUGAUCAUCAAACAAUCGGAGGAAAUCCUUUCAUGAUAAAUCCUAGGAAUAUGCAUGAUUGGAGGAGCGGUCCAGAAGCUCGAGUCACCCCUCCAUUUGAUUUGACAGGAAGAACAGGUCAUGCAGGACGGCAAUCUUCCGAAAAUGGGGACUAUGAACAGUUCCCAGACUAACGGACUAUUUUCGGAUCCAACAUCUUUCCAGACGACACAGGUACUUAGACAAGAGAAACACAUGUACGAGUACGGCGUUUUUUCCACCCCCUCUUGGAGUGUAACAUCAUAUAUCUGUACAGAUCACUUGCACACUUUUUUUUCGCUUUGUUAAUUAUGCUUUCUAAAAUGAUGCUCAGAAUUCAAAGUGUCUGUCAACCUUAACAAUUUCUUAGUUCAUGUGUAUCAUCAUAAUAUUUUCUACUCAAA